AUUUUGACCUGGUUUAUUGUGUUGUUUGAAUUAUUUUUAUGCAUUCAAUGAAAAUCAACGCACGCAAUAUAGACUCUCCUCCAUUCUUUAUAAUACAAGUUGUUCUUUUCUGAAUUGGCCUUGUUGAUGAUUUCCCGCUAUCUUUUUUCUAUCAAUAUGAGUUUGUAAGGGGAAAACAUUAUUUCUAUAGAGAAUUUACCAAUAUUGAUCCUUGCAAGUGCACCUUGUAUACAGUGCAUAUCAAUGUGAUUAGCUAGAUUUUUCUAUUAGUUUAGGAGAAAAGCAUAACUUGGUGCACUAUUUAAAUUGUUUUAUGAUUCACAGUAUCUGUAUUAUGUCGAAAAUAAUUAGUCUUAAUCUAAAAUCGGUAAGAAGUUGGCUAUCUUACAGAGUAGGUACAUUUUCAUAAACACUAGCUAGAAAUGACAUUUGCUGUGGUUUUGUGUGAACAAGUUCAUUGCAAAUACUUUUUGCUCCAAAUUGCAUAUACUGGUUGUUGCAGUGGUAUGGAUUUUUUAUAUACUCUUAUGUUCUUAUUACUAGGACGAUGUUUAUCCUAUGGAAUCCUAUGGAACCUUCCCGGUUAAUCAAAUUCUUGAUGCUUGGGUGCCAUGACUGACAGUGCUACAAUUUCUCGCAUUCUUCUUUCACUAGAGCUAUUGUGUUGCUGAAAAUUAGUGGGCAGAGCCCUGAAGUACACUUGAAAACUAAGAUGUCAAUUGACGCCAUUUUAUCAUGCAUGUACUGAAUAUGUGCAUUCAGUCAAUGAAUGAUGGUUGCAAUGAUUGGUUUGCGUAUUUUUUAUUCAGAUCAAUCCAAGGUCACACGCUGAGUAAUCUAACCUCUCAAAGUUAUGUCUGAAGUUAAAAAAUGUACAUAUUGAUUUGUUUUUCUUUUCAAUGGGAUUAUGUCUUCAUCAUGCCCCCCAACAUUUAUUUUUAUUACUUUUGACUGGUUAAUUAUUUUGCAAAUUGUUCAUUAGUGGUUCCUCGAAAUGGUCAGGGUCAGUGGGAGGAUGACAAGUGCCACGUCAUUUGUAGACUGUUGGGAGAGAAAAAUGCCAAAGAAAGAAAGACGUAGCGAAUCGGACACGCCACGCUUCCUUCCCUAGGAAGGAAACUUUCCCAUCGAGUGGCCUCCUCCUGACCUCCUCUCCCCUUCCCUGACAGCCUCCUCUCUCUCUCCUCUUCCUUGCCUUUGACAGCCGCGCCCAGAGGAGGUCAUCCCUGGCGCCGAUAGCCCCCACUCUUCUCCCAUUCUUUGUAUUUUGUCAACCGCUGAUCGAGGUGUAUGGGACGGCCAAGAGCGGGGUGUGCAUCGCGUCCAUGGGGGUGCUGCACCCGGAGCUGGUCAUGAAGUCCAUUGUGAAUGUUGUCAUGGCGGGGCGCUUAGGAUCUACGCCCUCAUCACCACAGUCAUCAUCUUCACUAGGAUCAACCCCAGGUUCAAGCCCUACUUCCUCUUCUAUGGUUACACGCACCUCUCCUGCGGCCUUGCCGACAGCAUGGCCAUCGGCAUCUUUGGUGACGCCGGUGGCAAGGCGCGUGUCUUCUCAGGGUUAUCGUCCCGUUGCUUCCCCCGCAUAUGAUGCCUGCAUCAAAGGUUUGGUGCUUUCAAAGCUGCCAGCAAUUGUUGUGAUUGACCAUGGGAAGGAAGCUUUUACCACUUGUGGAGAUUUUAGACCGGGUGAAGAAGGUCACCCAAUUCUGAUGUGCCGAAAAGGAGAGCAAGGGCACGGCAGUGCCUCCUUCCCAUCUUCACCCAGGUUUGUCUCCCAGGAUUUCGUUUACUAUGAGAUGCUAUCGACACACAUAGGCACACAUGCCUAAUCUGUUCUAAGGUUCAGUUUCUGGUCACUUCAGUGAGGGCUUUCACAUAUCCUACUCGGCCGGACAACGGUGGCAGUGAGUAGAUGACCAUGGUGGGGAGGUGUGGUGUUGAGCCACUGAUGGAGGCACUACAUUGUCAGGAUGUGUCUGUCAUGACGCCAAUGAGGCAUGGCGGCAUUUGUUCUACCGGAAGGUGCCGCAGUUAGGCGGUCUCUUAGUCCUUUAUCUCUAUUUUGUGUCGCUGCUUCUACUUUUGUUGUCUAAUGCAUGUAUUUUGAGGAUUUCGGUCAAAUGCCCCUGUUAGUGAAUAUUGUGUUCUUAUGUAUUCCCAAGAAACUUUUUGUUUUGACAACAAUUGGUGAGUUAGAACUAAAAGGGACCAUACAUCAGAUAAUCAUUUGUAACUCAGUUAUGCAACCCAAUUUAAAAUGUUUGUCACAUUAUUGAUUGA